AUGCUGGAAGCUGAAGUAGCAGACGUUAAUGACGAACUCUCCCAAAGUAAAACUUUUUGUAGAAGUUUAGCAGAUGCUCUGCACAAAUGUGAGAAGGAAAGAGAUGAAUUGAAAUUUCAAUCUGAUAAAGUUAAAUAUGAAAGAUCCCUCUUGCCGUUAGAUACUGCUAAAUUGAAAACAUCAACGGAGAAGGUGGAGGAGACAUUUGCACGAAAAAAUGAGUUCGCCCUUCCGUUUACACCAAUGAAUACUGUGCACAAACGACUAAAGGGUGUCGCAAAGGAAUCUGCAUCAUACGUCCUUUCAUCAAAUGCUGCAAACACUGUUCCUUUUCUUCCAGCGCCCCCAAAAAUAACGAAACCUGCAUCCAGAUACACACGAAGAAGACCCUCAAACGGUACCACUAAAAGGUGGGACUUGAUCGAGGAUAAUAAAAUGUCGCCCCGCCCAAUUCGCUGCUAUAUUUUGUCAAAACCACCGGUACCAUUGUUACAUCGUAGGAAAUAAAGUACACAAAAGUCAACAGAAUGCAGACCCGGUCGGGUUUACCCGGCUUGGAAGGAAUCUUUCCUGUGAAAAAUUUAUUUUAAUACAGGAAGGCCUCUUUCCAAGCAGUGUAAAGUGUUAACUAUCAAAGGUUAAAUAUUACUUUUUUUCUUACGAAUUUGAACUGCAGUUGAUUUAGUGGUCUUAAGGACAUAACAUACAUUAUGUGUUCAAAUCUUCACACUUGACUGGGUUCAUAAAAUGUGAAAAUUAUGACCGAUUUAGCACAUUAAAAGACAAUCACGGUAAAAACAAACAUGCUCAUGUGUCACAAUUUCGAGCAACUUUGACAUUCGUACAUUAGUGCUCAUAUAAAAGCUGUAACUCAGAUAUGCUCUUAUACACACUUUUUUAUAAAAAUCCUAAGAUUCUAACCAGACUUGUAAUUAUGAUGGUGCCGUGGUAGUACAGUGGACUUGUAAUCAUAAGGCUUCAGGUUCGAGCCCCUUUCCCUCGCACUUUAAAUGUAGUGUUGUCAGCUCAUUUGGUGGCAUCUAAUGACUGUGUAACAGCUUGUGUUCCAGGCAAACAAGUUAGAGCAAUGCUACACAUAUCUCUGGAGGUAAUGUAACAUAGUUACAGUCGGAGGGAGGAAGAGCCAGCCGUUCAAAUGGAAGCCCCAAGGACGUUAAACUUGCCGUUACUUACUUUACUUAAUUAUUUUCUUAUUUUUAUUACUCUAUUGUUUUAAAAAAUCUAUUGUUGUUUAUAUGAAAUCUCAUCCUAAUAUUAUUAUUAACCAUAUUAUAUAUAAACCACGUGAUGAUUAAGGGUGUGGUCAUCCCAAAAUUCAAUAUUUGUUUAAGUAUUUAACAAUGCUAUUUUUUAUUUGCGCAUGAAGCAAAUUAUUUUAUUGCUAAAAGAUAUUAUUGUGUGAAUAAGGAGCUUAAAAGUUUGAAAGAGUGGUUCAAAUGCAUGUCGUUUCGAAUGUUAUUUCUAAUUA